AUGAAGUUCGCCUCCGUCCUUGCCACCAUCAGCCUUCUCGCCACCUUCGCUGCGGCCGCGCCCGUUCCUGACGAGUGGUGCAACAUGAAGCCACGCACCCUUUGCUACAAGCGCGACAACAUCGAGGAGAAGCGCAACAUCGAGGAGAAGCGUGACAGCAUCGAGGAGCGCGACAGCGUCGAGGAGCGCGAUGACAUGCCCUGGUGCACCCUGAAGCCACGUACCCUCUGCUACAAGCGCGACAAUGUCGAGGAGAAGCGCGAAACCGGCCCCGUUUCCGAGUAA